GCCUGUUAAUUUUUUGAUUCAGUCUUGUUUCUGAAUGACUGUUUUAAAAUGAGCUGAGAGACUGUUACCUGCCUAUUUCUGCAUGGCUGAGCAAAUUCACCCGUAAAUCCAAGUUUCUCUUCAUUUCCAUCACUAUACGUCUCCAAAUUACAGAGAAUUCAUUCCUGGGCUGGAGAGGUGCCAGAAGUUUCUCAUCUAGCUGUCUGUGGGCUGCCUUUUUCUUUUCCCUCUUUGAGGGUUUCUGAUGCCUAGAGUAGCUCAACUCAAAGGUUUCCAGCCUCACACUCGCCUCACAUUCCCUCACAGUCACAUCGAGCUCUGUGAUUCUGAGGAAUACAGUGUACCAGCAACCGAUCCAGUCUCCUUUCACCUGCAGGUGUUCCAGAAACUUCAAAAUGCGUCUGGAAGAACUGAAAAGAUUGCAGAAUCCUCUAGAACAAGUUAAUGAUGGAAAAUAUUUAUUCGAAAAUCACCAGCUGGCCAUGGAUGCGGAGAAUAAUAUUGAAAAAUAUCCCCUUAAUUCACAGCCCUUGGAAUCAAAGGUGAAAAUCAUUCAGCGAGCAUGGCGAGAGUACCUGCAGCGGCAGGAGCCCCUGGAGAAGAGGAGCCCGUCCCCACCCUCCAUCUCCUCAGGCAAGCUGAGCAGCUCUGUCAGCAUGAACACCUUCUCCGACAGCAGCACACCCUUUGCCAGGUCACCUUUUGGGAAGAUUCAUUCUUACAUCUCUUGAGGGUUGCAGUCACCUGGGGACAAGCUGCCUGGUGGAAAGAAGGUGAUUCUGCUCUACUUUGACCAGCCUGCCAGACCGUUUAUAUACACUCUCAGGGAGCCCCAGAUAGAAAGACUUGGUUUUCUCACCCUCCAGUGA